AUGGCGUCUGUGGCGGCCACGGCCCGUUUAACGCUCUGUUCCGUCGGAUUCGUCUCUCGUUCCUCCUCCGUUCGUGCUGUAAUUACCUCUUUGCCGUUCGUGCCCAAUCGAUUUUCAUCUCGCUGUAUCAGAAUCGACGCGGCCCGCCGCAAAUCGACGCCGCGAAACAAGAGGUUUCUCAGCGUUCAGGCCGCGGGCUCCGGCCCGUAUGGGUCCGAUUUGGAGGAGGGCGUGAAGAAGACCGUUAGCGAGAACCCGGUUGUGGUCUACUCCAAAACGUGGUGUUCGUACUCAAUGCAGGUGAAGUAUUUGUUUGAGAGUCUCGGGGUGGAGCCAUUUGUUGUUGAAUUGGACAAAUUAGGUCAGCAAGGAUCUGAACUGCAAAAGAUUUUGGAAUCGCUCACCGGGCAACGGACUGUUCCCAAUGUAUUUAUAGGUGGCAAGCAUAUCGGUGGUUGUUCAGAUACUAUUGAUCUACAUCAAAAUGGGAAGCUCGAGGCUUUGUUAUCAGAAGCUGGAGCGAAGAAGUUGGACAGGGUGGAUGAAUGUCGGGUUUCGGUCGCCGUGUGCGAUGUUGAUGCUGACGUCCUUGUUCCCCCCGCCCCUUCGAGCUUUUUCAUCUCUAGAGCCGACCCCUUGUCGCGUAGCGGCAUGUUCUCUUCUGUUUCGAUGGGUGGAUUGUAG